AUGAACUCGGACGCACGAGGCCGCGGGCGUGGCCGUGGAGGUCGAGGUGGUGCCGGUCGCGGCGGAAGUGCUGGGAGAGGAGGAGGCGACGACCGACCGCGGCGAGAAGCGAUCCUCGAUCUCGCCAAGUACGUCGACAAGCAGAUCAGGGUCAAGUUCACUGGCGGACGCGAAGUGACCGGGACAUUGAAGGGUUUCGACCAGCUCCUCAACCUCGUCAUGGACGACUUGGAAGAGACUGUCAACGAUCCGGCUACGGGUCUCCCUUUCGUCCCGCAACAGACGCGAGCACUCGGUCUCGCCGUUCUGCGAGGAACUAGCUUGGUCGUGAUCAGUCCGCUUGACGGUGCGGAGGAGAUUGCCAACCCGUUUCAAAGCGCUUGA